AACUAAUUCAAGCGGAAGUAGUUUUGAAGCCUCUUUUCCGGCGGCCAUAGCGGCAUAUUCGCCAUCAUGAAGAUCAACCCGUUUGUAACCUCAUCCCGGCGUAAGAACCGAAAGAGGCACUUCAAUGCCCCCUCACACAUCCGCAGGAAAAUUAUGUCCUCACCUCUCUCCAAAGAACUCCGCCAGAAGUACAACGUGAGGUCCAUGCCCAUCCGCAAGGACGAUGAAGUCCAGGUUGUCAGAGGUCACUACAAGGGCCAGCAGAUUGGCAAAGUCGUGCAGGUCUACAGGAAGAAGUACGUCAUCUACAUUGAGCGUGUGCAGCGUGAGAAGGCAAACGGCACAACAGUCCAUGUUGGCAUCCACCCUAGCAAGGUCGUGAUCACGAGGCUGAAGCUUGACAAAGACCGCAAAAAGAUCCUGGAACGCAAAGCCAAGUCUCGGCAAGAUGGCAAGGAGAAGGGAAAAUACAAGGAGGAGACCAUUGAGAAAAUGCAAGAGUGAACUUUACCUUUUGCUAAAAAAUAAAGAAUUGAAAAGA